AUGUGUUACUUCUAUCAAACACGAUGGGCCUGCGGAUAUUGGAGAUGGGGUCAGUUCAAACAACAGUGCAACAAGGAAUACCGGACGGGCGAGACGUGCGGGCUGAAGCUCGUGUUCGAGACCAUCCUGGAUCCGGACAAAUGCAAGCUCUGCUACGAUAUGGACAAGAAGCACCGCCGGCUCGACAAGAUGAACAGGGACAUUGAGCGCUGGCGCCGCGAGGGGAACCGCAGGGCGACUAUCGAGCGGACAACCAUUGAGGCACGGGAAGUCGAGCGCCAGAUCCACGAAAUGACGACUUCGCAUUGGAACAGGGUUACGCUGGCAAACUGA